AUGGGUCCGGCCAGGAGCCUGAUCGAUAUACAUCGGAACCUGCUGGUUCAAGAACCGCGCAGUCUGGCAAGUAUCAGCCGAGGGAUUAACUUGCAUUCACUGGUGAGGGAGACUCUCGAGGCACUUCCAACUUACCUUACCCGUCGAGAACGAAAGGAAGCGUUAUACAAAGCAGUAGAAAAGGCUCCAAUUUUCCUCUCUGCUGUACGUCUGUGCUAUCCUUCCAUCGCAUCUCACUCUUACCCUCUGUUCAAUCUCCCGGACUCUGCUCCAUGUUGGUCUCUGAAGCACGCCUUGCUCGUUGUUGUUGUUUUUCAAUCCUGGUCGCCUCCCUCUGCUGGCUCUAUGUUGCUUAUAAAGGCUUCGAUCCUGACGUUAAGUUUAUUCUCUGGACUUUCGUCGGCCCAGCCUUCUACGCCACCUUCGGAUGGCGAUGGCCUACAGUUGAUCGACGGGCAGCGUCUGCCUGAUUUCUGGUAUGCCUACGAUCUCGACGACGCCAGUGCCUUGGCUCUUCCCAGCCUCGAGGCAGCAUAUGAGCAAAACCCCAACUUGACCACCAACAAUUUGGCCGUCCGUGAGCCCGUCCAGGUCUGUGAAAGCAGCCUCUCCCGCAUGUCCCAAUGCUCGACCAUUGCAGGGUUUGCCUUCACCACGACCGCGAGUAUUGCCGCAGCGAUCUGGGCUUGGUCCCACCAGAAAGAUUGCACCUACCACUCUGGCACGAUUGAGGGUUGGCAGUACGAGUUCCAUGCCACUGGGCGGAAUUGCGACACCACCGCCCAGCAAAAAACCAUCCAGGGUGCCAUAUACCACUAUCUUACCGCGAUCGAGGGCAACACUGUCUGCGGCACACAGUGUCUGUCACUAAAGCACGGAGGCAGCUAUGCCGGCUACCUGAAGAUCGGCAAGGUAGGCGUCUUUGACUCCGCCGCUUAUUGUGGUCCAACCCUGCAUUUCGAAAAUUGUGCCUCAGGUGGCGUGAACAGCUUCUAA